AUGCUAAGUAGAUUAGUGCUAAGUAAACUGUGUGAUUGCUCAGUAAAAAAAUUGAAUGCUAGUUCAUGUGUAAAUAACGCAAAAAGUAUUCUUGAAUUUUGUCAACAAGCUUAUCCAUCACUUCAUAUUGGUAAUAUUAUUCGAUUAGAUGCUAUAUUAACAUUUGAAAAUUGGUGUGAAUUAAUAUCACCAAUUGAUAAAAAUGGUGAUAAUAUUCAUCGUUGUAAACAAGGUAGUGGUACUGAAGAAAUGGUACAACCAUUUCGUUGUUUAUAUAAAAAUUCAAAACGUGAAGAAAUUAUUUUGCCAACAAUUGAUUGUUCAAUUCAUAGUAUUAUUGGUACAGGUGAAUGUUUACGUGCUGAAAAAUGGCAACAAUUAGCUUCAAUUGAAUGUGCUAAUAAAAGUAUGAAUUUAAAUAAUUCCAUAAUGACACUUGAUUGGUGUGAUCUAUCAUCAUUUCGUGGUAUUGAAUUUGUUUGUUGUCCAACAAAUAGAAUUGAUGAUAAUGAUUAUGAAACAAGUCUUGAUGAACAAGAUAAUAAUCUUAUAGAAGAUAAUCCAAUUCAAGAACCUAUACAAUCAUCACAUCGUCGAAUUAUAGCUAUGACAAUUGCAACACGUGAACCAAGUUGGAUGGAAGAUUAUCGUCGAUGGAAUACAGAUUCUGCAUAUUUUGCUGAUGAUGAAGAUACUAAUGAUUAUCAACCAUCACCUAUUCCAAAAUCUAAUGAAAAUCAACGAUUUUCAAAAGAUAAAGAAGAAUUUAAAAGAAAAUAUAAAGAACAAAUUGAUCAAUUAAAAUCUCGUUGGCAAAUACGUCAAAAUGAAAUUCAAUUAUUAGUUAAUCGUAAUGUAACUGAAGCACAAAAACAAUAUGAAAUAAGUGAAAUUCAAUUUCGACAAGAAUAUGAAAUUUUAAAAAAAUCAGCUAGUCGAGAACGAACACGUAUGAAUGAAUUACAUGAAAUACAUUUAGAUUCUGUACUUAAUCAACUUAAAACUGAAGCAAAUAAAAAACUACUUGAUAUAUGGAAUGAAAAACCACUUAAGACAGAAAAUGUUGAAAAAGCACUUUAUAAUUAUCUUCAAAUUUUGUUACGUGAUCGUAUACAUCUUGUUAAUCGUUAUGAACGUUUACGUGCUGUUGAUCCUGAACAAGCCGAACGUAAACGAAUGUCUAUUCAUGAACGAUUGCGUUUAAUUGUUGAUCGAAUCAAUGAUGCAUUAAACCAACUUCGAUUAUAUCCGAAUCUUCAAUCAAAAAUUCAACCUCGACUUGAUACUCUCUUCUUUGAAUAUGAUGAAGUUAAUCAAGCAGCUGAAAAAUUAUUAAUUGAUUAUACAGCUACAUCAUCAACAACGCCUGUAACAUCAACAACAAAGAAGCAUCGUAUUUUACCAUUAGGUCGUGAUGAAAAUAAAAUCUAUCCAUUUUCAACUUCUUCAACAACAAAUUCUUAUGAUAAUAAUGAUGAGUAUGAUUAUGCUACGAAUGAUGAAUACGAUGAAGAAGAUGAUGAAACAGAUAAAAAGUCUUCUAUACCUCCAACAACUACUGGUAUUGAUAUUAUAAAUUAUGAUCAAAUUGAUGCUGGUGAUAGUGAUUGGGAUAUAAAUAAUGAUGAUACUGAAUCAGUAUUUGAUAUUAAAAUUGAUGAUCAAAAUCAACAAGCAUUUAUUAAUGAAAACGAUAUUCGUACAUUAAUGCCAGCGAAACGUAUUCCACGUAAUAUAUUAAUAACAUAUCUUCCAUAUGUAUUUGGAUGUUUACUUAUUUUAUGUAUGAUUAUUGGCAUAUUUAUCUUUCGUUUUAUUAAACAAAAUCAUUCAUAUGGAAAUAAAUAUGAAAAAAAAUAUGUUUUUACUGAAGUUGAGUCAUAUACACCAGAAGAAAAAACUUUACAUACACUACAAAUGAAUGGUUAUGAAAAUCCAACAUAUAAAUUUUUUGAAAGUCAAACACCAAAAUGUUAA